AUGUACAGUCAACCCUUUCCGCAAAACAGUCUGUACGGCGCUCCUAACAUGAUGCCCUAUCAAGGUAUGAUGCCCUCUCAGGUAUCUCCUCAGGGAACUCCGGGAAUGAUGUCCAACUACAAUCCUAAUCCUAACCGUGGGGGCUAUGAUGUGCCGCAGAUGGGUCGACAGAUGGGACAGCGACCACCACCGCGUCCACGCAACAACGAGAUAGGCGAAGUAAGCCGUGUUAUUCAUAUGCGCAAUAUAACUCCCAACGUAACUCAACUGAGUAUUCAGAGCCUUGUUCAGAACUUUGGAAACAUAAAACACAUCGUGAUGCUUCGACAAAUGAAUCAGGCACUCGUAGAGAUGGAGUCCACCAAAAGUGCACAACAAUUGGUGGAUUUUUUCAGAGAAACAGGUUAUGCUGAAAUUGAUGGUCGUCGUGUAUACAUUCGCUACAGCAAUCAUCAAGAACUUACUGCCACUCAACAUACAAGCAAGACUUUGUUGGUGUCUAUGUUUAACACUCAAUAUGAUGUGUCUGUCGCAGCGCAAAUCACCCCAAUGGUUGUUUACCAGAUCUUUGGAAGCUACGGCACGGUACAAAAAAUUGUUGUCCUUCCCAAGAAUGAAUCCAGUCAGCGUAAUCAUAACCGUGUGCAGGCCCUGGUACAAUUUGAUUCUAAGGUGACGGCAGAAAAUGUGAAGAACACUCUUCAAGGUCAACCUGUUGCAAUUGGUGAUACUAUUACUUUUACCCUUGACAUUCAGUUCUCUCGCAUGGAUGACAUAAAAACCAGCAACCCUGCCAUAUCGCUAGUGAUUAACGAGGACGGCACACCACAAACACCGCAGCCGCAGCCGCAAUCACCACCACAAGCGCCACAACAGUCGCCGCACCCGCAACCACAGCAGAUGCAACAAAUGCAGGGAGGAAGUAUGUACCCUGUUAUUCCCCAGCAGUGGAGUUAA